CAAAUCAUUCUGACUACAUCAGUACAACCUGAAUUCUUGAACCCGAUGGGCACUCUCCAUGCAGGAGCAACGACGGCGUUCUUCGAAUGUGCUACCACUUGGGCACUGUAUCCUAUCGCCAAGCCGGGUUUCUGGAAGUCGCUGGGCAUUUGUCGAACCAUCAACUUCACUUUUAUGCGUCCAGCUAUGCCUGGCGAGGUAUUGCUAAUGGAGUGCGAGGCAAGUGGCCUGAGAACUGUCCAUGUUGGAAAGAGGAUCGCCAUGCUUCGGGCAGUGAUGAAGCGUGAAAAGGAUGGGGCCGCACUAGUCACCUGUGAGCAUAAUAAGUAUAAUGUUGAUGCUGAUAUGAAAUUAUGA